ACAAGACGAGGACCAAAAAGACAGAGAAGGAAACGGACAAGUGGGGUUAUGUCUCUGCUGGUGUCAGAAGGAUCCUGGACAAAGGCAUCACCACCAAACAUUAUUGAAUAGUAAAUUAACAUGGUGUCUCCGAAUUCAACAAACCAAGCCCGUCUCCAACAGCUAAAGGACUUUGACGAAUCAAAAGCUGGUGUCAAAGGGAUCGUUGACAAAGGCAUCACAAAAAUCCCAUCAAUUUUUGUCCGGCCACCGGAAUAUUCCGCCGCCGGCUACCCAAGUUCCAGCCAACCAACCCGACCCCAGUUCACUAUCCCUAUCGUGGAUCUCGCUGACACUACCGGCCUGCAUGAUGACGUGGUCGCUGGAGUCCGGCAGGCAGCGGAGACUGUCGGGUUCUUCCAGGUGAUGAACCAUGGGAUACCCAAGAGAGUGUUGGAGGAGAUGUUGGCGGGGGCGCGUGGGUUUCACGAGCUGCUGACGGAGGUGAAGGCCGAGUACUAUAGUAGAGAGCAGAUGAGGAAGGUCAAGUUCAGGAGUAACUUUGAUUUGUAUCGGACAAAGUUUGCUAGUUGGAGGGACAGUUUGUUUUGUGUCAUGGGUCCUGAACCUCUUGAUCCUCAAGAAUUGCCUGACGUUUGCAGAGACGCAACCAUGGAGUACUCAGACCAUGUUCACAAAUUAGGUGUCACAUUGUUUGAAUUGCUAUCUGAGGCACUUGGGCUGAAAUCUGACCACCUUUUAGGCUUGGAUUGUGCAAAGGGGCAUGUAAUUCUUAGCCACUACUAUCCGCCAUGCCCUGAGCCUGAACUGACUAUGGGAACUACCAAACACUCAGAUCCUUCUUUUCUCACCAUACUACUUCAGGACCAAAUUGGUGGCCUCCAGGUUCUGUACGAAAACGAGUGGGUUGAUGUUCCUCCUGUUCCUGGAGCUCUAGUUGUGAACAUUGGAGAUCUCUUGCAGCUUGUAUCCAAUGACAGGUUUAAGAGUGUGGAGCAUCAAGUGCUUGCUAACCAUGCAGGACCAAGAGUAUCUGUUGCUUGUUUUUUCACCCUGAAUUUUUACCCAUCAACAAGGUUGUACGGCCCCAUAAAGGAAUUGUUGUCUGAAGAUCAUCCGCCUCUAUACCGGGAAACCUCACUGCAAAACUUCAGUGCUCACUACGACGGAAAAGGGCUUCAUGGGAACUCUGCCCUAACACGUUUCAAGUGGCAGAGGCAACAAUGAAAUAAGUCCCCUGCGCUGUAGAUCAGUGGCUGUGAACAUAUGUUAAGAGUUCCUUCAAGUGGCAAAGGUCACAAUGAAAUAAGGCAACUAUACCAUAUGCUUAAACUUUGUAUUAUGUUACAAACAAACCACAUAUGUUUGAUAAUGCAGUGCCCCUAUUGAUGCUUGUAGUUUAUAAAGGCUGAAGCAGAUUUGAUUGCACAAAUGGAUCACCAUUUCAAUCUUUUGCACAAUUUUGCUCACCAUAGUCUGUGGCACUCUCUCUCUAUCUCUUUCUCUCGCAUCUUCUUAUUCAUCUGUAAAACACCCCUUUUCUGCAACCCCUUUUUGGUUGUGUUCUUGAAUUUUUGGGCUUUGAGUGUAGAUCUCCUUUGAUCUAUCUUCUGUGGGAGGUGGAGUUGAAGCAUGUGGUGGGAUCUACUAUCUUAUGGUGGUGUGGGAUCGUGUGUGGUGCUAGAGAUGCUAUGACUUUUAUCUAAAGGUCAAGGUGGAAUUUGAGUGGUAAAUUCUCUUUCACUUUAUGGUGUUUUCAGAUCCGAAAAUGGAUGAGAGUUGGU